UAACAUCACACACCUUCGUAUACCCUUGCCCACCUCACCUUUUCUUUCUUCUUCACGACCAUCAUGGCUGCAUCCAUGAACUUCACCGACAAGACUCAGGAGUCUCUUGCAGCGGCGAUCCAGCUUGCAAAAGACUACGCCAACGCUCAGGUACACCCCGCCCACAUCGGAUUUGUCCUCCUCAAUGAGGCUCAGGGCGAAGGUGCAUCCUCAGGGGCGCACUCACUAUUCACCUCCGUCAUCGACAAGGCUGGCGGCGAUCCACUCGCCGUACGGAGAGGGCUUCAGAAGCUCAUCGUUCGCCUGCCCACUCAAUCACCACCACCAGAGGAGAUCUCUCUCAGCAGCGCAGCAAUGAAGGUCUUGCGCGAAGCCGACUCUCUGCGCAAGACCAUGCACGAUUCCUACAUCGCGCAAGACCACAUCCUCGCCGCGCUCAUCAAGGACUCCUCAAUACAGCCCAUCUUGAAGGAGGCGGGUCUCACAGAAGAUGUCCUCAAGACCGCCAUCGAGCAGAUCCGCGGCAACCGACGCGUCGAUACUAAGAACGCGGAGCAAGGCUUCGACGCGUUGAACAAGUACGCCACCGACCUCACCGCUUUGGCCGAGGAGGGCAAGCUCGACCCCGUCAUCGGCCGUGAUAACGAGAUUCGUCGCGCCAUCCGGAUCCUCUGCAGACGGACGAAGAACAACCCUGUUCUCAUCGGUGAACCCGGUGUAGGAAAGUCUGCCAUCGCAGAAGGCCUCGCACAACGGAUCGUCAACCGCGACGUCCCGGCUUCGCUCAUCGCGCGCCUCUAUUCGCUCGAUAUGGGUGCCCUCAUGGCGGGUGCCAAGUACAAGGGCGAGUACGAGGAGCGUAUCAAGUCCGUCUUGAACGAAGUCGAGAAGGCCUCGGAGGAGGGCACCGGCAUCAUCCUCUUCAUCGACGAGCUCCACCUCAUCAUGGCGGGCCGGGGUGGGGAGGGCGGCGGCAUGGACGCCGCCAACCUCUUCAAGCCCCUGCUCGCCCGUGGCAAGCUCCGGUGCAUCGGCGCGACCACGCUCUCCGAGUACAGGAAGUACAUCGAGACCGAUCCCGCGCUCGAGCGUCGGUUCGCCCAGGUGCUCAUCAACGAGCCUUCCGUCCCGGAGACGAUCUCCAUCCUCCGUGGUAUUCGGGAGAAGUACGAGGUCCACCACGGUGUCCGCAUCCACGACGGCGCACUCAUCGCCGCUGCAACACUCGCUCACCGCUACCUCACCUCAAGACGGUUGCCCGACUCCGCCAUCGACUUGGUUGAUGAAGCCUGUGCAAGUGUACGUGUGACACGCGAGACCGCUCCUGAAGCGAUCGACAAGCUCCAGCGUCGCAAGCUCGAACUCGAGGUCGAGAUCCACGCUCUCGAACGGGAGAAGGACGACGCCUCGAAGGAGCGUCUCAUCCUCGCUCGCAAGGCUAUCGCCGACGUCGAGGACCAGCUCAAGCCCCUCCAGGCCGCAUACGAAGCCGAGAAGAUGCGCGGCGACGAGAUCAACACCGUCCGCAGGCGCAUCGACGAGCUCAAGGCCAAGGCCGACGAAGCCGAGCGCCGCUACGACCUCGCCACCGCGUCCGACCUCCGUUACUACGCUCUUCCUGACCUCCAAAACCGGCUUGCGCAGCUCGAGGCGAAGAAGGCCGAAGAGGACAGCACGCACGGCUCGGGCACCGACACGGUCACCCCGGACCAGAUUGCGGAGAUCGUCGCGCGUUGGACGAACAUCCCGACGACGCGGCUCAUGAGCACCGAGAAGGAGAAGCUGCUCCGCAUGGAGAAGAUCCUGGCGGAGAGCGUCGUUGGUCAGCCUGAGGCGGUCAAGGCGGUCGCGAAUGCGAUUCGUCUGAGUCGCUCGGGCUUGCGGAACGCGAACCGGCCUAUCGCAAGUUUCCUCUUCGCCGGUCCUUCCGGUACUGGUAAGACCCUGAUGAGCAAGACUCUCGCGACGCUCCUCUUCGACUCUCCCGACGCGAUGAUCCGUAUCGACGGUUCAGAGUACUCCGAGAAGCACUCGAUCGCGCGUCUCAUCGGCGCUCCCCCGGGCUACGUCGGCCACGACCAGGGCGGGCAGCUCACGGAGUACAUCCGCCGGAAGCCGUACUCGAUCGUGCUCAUCGACGAGAUCGAGAAGGCCUCGCGGGAGUUCUACCAGCUCUUCCUGCAGGUGCUCGACGACGGGCGGCUCACGGACGGCCAGGGCCGCAUCGUCGACUUCCGCAACACGGUCAUCAUCAUGACGAGCAACCUCGGCGCCGCGUUCCUCAACGACAUGGGCUCCGGCGCGGUCAAGCCUGCGACGAGGGAGCUCGUCAUGGGCGCGAUCCGCAACCACUUCCCGCCCGAGUUCAUCAACCGUAUCGACGAGAUCGUCAUCUUCCGCACACUCUCACGCCAGAACGUGCUGAAGAUCGUGGACAUCCGGCUCAAGGAGGUCCAGGACCGGCUCGCGGACCGCAAGAUGACGCUCGAGCUCGACGACGCGGCGAAGAACUACCUGAUGUCGAUCGGGUACUCGCCCGCGUACGGCGCGCGCCCGCUGAACCGCGCGAUCCAGCAGGAGCUGCUCAACCCGCUCUCGGUCAUGAUCCUCUCCGAGCGCGUGCGCGACGGCGAGACGGUGCGGAUCGCGUUCGACGGCCCGCACAACCGCCUGCAGAUCGUGCCGAACCACGAGGGCAACGGCGAGGGCAUGGACGUCGACUACGACGAGGACGAGGACAUCGAGAUCGAGGAGAUGGACUGAGCGCUAAGCGCUGGAUGGGUUGGAUGUGUACGAUAGAUAGACUCAAGGGAGGCCUCAGAGGCCUGGCGGACGAUCUAGCGUAUAGCGAAUCUUUUAUCCUGCAUUUGUAUUUGUAGAGUCACGCAAAAGCAUUGUACGAUAGCACUAUAAUGCAUCUCCUUCAAAUCUCG